AUGGCUUCUCAAGACAUCCAGACCAUUCGUCUCACCACUGGCAAGGAACUCAAAGUUCACACCUAUCUCUUUAUCAACAACGAGUUUGUCCCUGGUCAUGGUCCCCUCAUUGAAACCAUCAACCCUGCCACCGAGGAAGUCAUUUGUGCUGUGCAUUCAGCUGAUGAGCAAGACGUCGAUGCUGCUGUGAAAUCGGCCGACAAGUGCUUCAACGAGACCUGGCGCAAGGUGGCUCCUGCUGAGCGUGCUCUCUUGAUCAACAAGCUUGCCGACUUGAUGGAACGUGACAAGGAUGAGCUUGCUGCUUUGGAUGCUCUUGAUAACGGUAAAGCAUUCACUGUUGCACGUGAUUGUGAUAUCACCGAUUCGAUUGCUUGCUAUCGCUACUUUGCUGGUUGGGCUGACAAGAUCCACGGCAAGACCAUUGAUACUACCUUUGACAAGUGGUGCUAUACACGUCAUGAACCUCUUGGUGUCGUUGGUGCUGUUAUCCCCUGGAACUAUCCUAUCAUGAUGGGUGCAUGGAAAUUCGCUCCUGCUCUUGCUGCUGGCAACUGCAUUGUUAUGAAGACAUCUGAAAUCACUCCUCUUUCUGCAUACAAGUUUGCUGACCUCGUCAAGGAAGCUGGCUUCCCUGCUGGUGUCGUCAACAUCAUUACUGGUUAUGGUCAUACAGCUGGUGCUGCUUUGGCCAAUCACAAGCUUGUGGGCAAGAUGGCCUUCACUGGAUCUACUUUGACUGGCCGUAAGAUUAUGGAAUCCUCGUCGCACAGCAACCUCAAGAAAUUGCAACUCGAACUUGGUGGCAAGUCCGCUCAAAUCGUGUGUGCUGAUGCUGAUCUCGAGAACGCUGCUAUUCAAGCUCACGGUGGUAUCUUCAACAACCAUGGCCAGAGCUGCAAUGCUGGUUCCCGUAUCCUUGUGGAUGAAAAGGUACAUGACAAGUUCCUUGAAUUGUUCUUGAAGCACACCAAGGAUAUUGUGGUUGGCGAUCCCUUUGCAGAGGAUACAUUCCAAGGUCCCCAAAUCAACAAGGCCCAAUUUGACAAGAUCAUGAAUUACAUCGAGAUUGGUCAAAAGGAAGGUGCUACUCUUUAUUAUGGUGGAAAGCGUCAUGGUGAUAAGGGUUACUACAUCCAACCAACCAUCUUUACCGACUGCAAGAACGACAUGCGUAUAAGUCGUGAGGAAAUCUUCGGCCCUGUCGUCGUCAUUAUCAAAUUCAAGACCGUUGAGGAAGCUCUUGAAAUUGCCAACGACUCUGAUUAUGGUCUUGCAGGUGGUGUUUAUACCACUAAUCUCGAUACAGCCAUCAAGGUAUCCAAUGAGCUCAAGGCUGGUACUGUUUGGGUCAACUGCUUCGAUGUCUUUGAUCAAAGCACUCCCUUCGGUGGUUACAAGCAAUCUGGUUUUGGCAAGGAAUUGGGCAAGUAUGCUCUUCAAGAAUACACCCAAGUCAAGGUGGUGAAGAUCUUGCGUACUCAAUUGUAA